AUGGAACAUAGGUGUGCAGUCUGUGCUCAUGCUCCAAACAUCAGAAUAAGCAACCUGGAUUACUGUGACACAUGCUUCGAGAGGCAGUUUCUCCACAAGGUGUUCAGACACUUCAAGAAGCUUCCGUUUGGAAGCAAGAUACUGCUUUAUCUUGACGGAACACCGUCAUCCAUUGUGAUGGCACAUGCUAUCAGUAGAUUAAGGAACAGAAGCAUACACAAGUUCACAGUAGCUUCCAGGACAUGCUCAGUGCACAGUGGCUUUCUCAGGGACAUCGGGCUUUCCUGCCACAUAGACAUGGAUCCAGAACCCAUAGCCUCCAGCUACCGCAUCCAUGGCGAGAUCAAUCCACUCCCUAAAGAUGUCAUUGAGACGGGGCAAUCCUCAGGGUUUGACAUCGUUGUAUUCCAGGCAGAUGCACAGAUAGAGUCUAUGAUGGCCCUCAGAUCGGUCUGUAACGGGGCUGGAGUACUGGAAUCCAUUGAGUCGCAGGUCUCCAAGAUUGGAGGAAUCCGGGCUGAGAACGCAUUCAGAGGGAUCAAGCCGAAGGAAAUAGGAUACUAUCGCUAUCUCAACAAGAUCUCUGAAAGCUGCACAAAACUUCAGAUGUCUGGCAAGGAAUCGGUUCUCUUGAGGUUCAUCAGCAGGAUUGAGAGCAAGAACAGCCUUGUGGUGUUCAACAUCUUGAACACCGUUAAGAAGGUUGUUACAGACAAGGAUGGGAUUGAUACCUCAGACUGA